GAGCUAAAAUACUUCGUGGUUUGUACAUUGGCUAAAUGAACAGAUGUCCAAGCGUUUGACAAGCAGCUGAUUUUCGAUUUUUGUUUAUAAACAAAAUUCGAAAUCAAGUGAUGGACCCAGGCGAUAAUUAUAUCUCAACUCCUGUUAACAAAACGUGUAAAAAAUUAGGAUUACGAAGGACUAAAUUCAAGAAUGACAUCAAUGAUUCUCCGGCCGCUAAAAUUGCUUUCAACUCCGGCGUCAGGAAAACAGCGUAUUUUUGAAACUUUGACUCCAGAUUGUGUCCAUCAUGUGAACUCUCCUAGCACAACUCCAGUCGAAGGGACGACGGUCCGCAGGAUCUCGGCAUCCACAGGCCAAUUUAAGCUCUCCUUGAAUCGAAGAGUUCGAGACAGGUUUAGAAAGAAACGGCUAAAUUUUUUGAAUUCUUCGCCUAUAGCGGCUAGCACAGAAUACAAGGAGAAUGUAUCAAACAAUAUUCCCGAAAAUCGACCAACGCCAGGAAAUAUGAAGAAAUGUUUUCAACAGCGGACAUACUGGGUUUAGUCUAGAGGAAUCGUAUUCAAAUGCAGCGCGAGAUCCUGGAAGCGAACGAAAAAUUAGAUCCAUAGUGGAUGAGGCUGAAGUGGAGCAACUGGAGGGCCUUAUCCGUAUUUGGAAGAAGGCAUUCACCGAAGCAAUUGCAGAUCUCUCUGCGAAGUCAAACACAAGCGAAGAAGAGCUUCUUGAUAAACUCCAAAUAUCUGCUGAAAUGAUUCAAUGUUUAAACCACAGUAAUGAAACUUUUUGAAAUUUGUUUAAAUGCAUAAUAAAUAUUUA